GAUACAGAAAUUAAAGAAGAGAGGAAGGAAGGAAAAGCAAAGCAUCUUUUGUGGAAAGAAAAAUGGAGAAGGCGUUGAGAGCUUACGCGGAGGUUCUUCGUCUGGUUCGGCGAUUACCAAAGGAGUCGAGAGGUUACUACGCCAAGUACGCACGCGAGAACUUCGUGAAUUACCGCGACGUCGAUCCCUUUGAUUCCACCACUCUCCAUGACCUCUUCCAUCGCACUUACAACCACUCCAUUUGGCUCCUUCACAAGUAUUCCAUUGAUGAUUCUGCCGCCGAUAAGCUCAAGCGGAUUUGUUGCGGGUAAUGCCACUAUGUACCACUGUUGUGCCCUAAUUUUUGUUGCUCACUUUGCGUAUUCUUUAAAGGUUGUUGGACGAGAGUUGUGGCAAUUUUGUUGUUAAAGGUAGCUUAAAUUUGAUUCACUUAUUAUGCUGUGUAUCCAAGAACAUGAAUAUUAACUUAAAUUUGCAUUUUGAAUUCACGUUCUUUCUUCGA